UCUCUCGCUGCAACGACUCGGGGCACGCUCGGGUUCGUCAGCAGUGUCGUGCAGACGAAUUCGAUCCGAUGAGCCGCUGUUUCGCUAAAUUGUGGAUAAGUGCACUCGUCGUGCUCUCUACCACCCUCUGGUGGAAUCUCGACCACCUACUGGAUUUAGACGCGAUGACAUUGCGCGCAUGCUCCUUUGAAGUCUUCGGACUUGUCCAGGGUGUGUUUUUCAGAAAAUACACUCAACAAGAGGCCGUCAAACUCGGCGUUGUCGGAUGGAUUCGCAAUACUGCGCGAGGCACCGUCGAAGGAGAAAUCCAGGGUCCAGAGGACAAUUACGGUGAUAUGAAGCGUUGGUUGGAAACGAAAGGAAGUCCGCAGUCUGAAAUAGCUAAAGCGAUAUUCUCGGAUGAGCGAACCAUAGAUAAACGGGAUUUCGAGUCUUUCGACAUCCGCAGGACGAGAUGAUUGUAGAUUUGGCUGACGCGAAGUUCGCCCCUGUUCAUACUCUGUAAAAAAAAUCAAGAAAUACACGCAACAAAAACUUA